AUGCACUUUUCUUUGGCCUACGGGGCUCUCGCCCUUCUCCCCCAACUUUCAAACGCCCACUUCCUGUUUCCGCAUUUGAUGCUCAACGGCGUCAAGACGGGCGCCUAUGAAUACGUCCGCGAGCACGACAACGGCUUCCAACCCUCCUUCACCCCGGAGAUUCUUAGUAGUAAUGAUUUCCGCUGCAACAAGGGGUCGUGGAACCACCGCUCCCAGCCCAAGACGGCCAAAAUCUACCUCUCCAAAGCACCGGGUGAUGUUCGUGACUACGACGGGUCUGGCGAUUGGUUCAAGGUGUACCAGCUGGGCACCAUGAUCCCCUGGAACGGGACCGACCAGGGCUGGUUGACGCGGGACCUGAAGCAAUUCGAGUUCAAGCUCCCCAACGAGAUCCCCGCCGGCCAGUACCUGAUGCGGAUCGAGCAAAUGAGCAUCCACCAGCCCUACCGCCAGAAGGAGAUGUACUUCCAGGUGAGACGCAGACAAGGCCGGACGUCUCCUCCCAUCGUUUGUUCACAGGCUGACAUACCGGUCGCUUUUAGUGCGCCCACCUCGACAUUGCCAGCAGCUACAACGGCAAGACGCCCGGGCCUCACCAUUAAGUUCCCCGGCGGCUACCAGCCCAACGACCCUGCUAUUCAGCUCGACAGCUGGGCUCAGCCGCCCCCGACCUUUGCUCCCAUGCCUGGUCCGGCGCUGUGGCCCAACUAA